UGCAAGCCAUACCUAAAUUAACUAAAGUCUCAGUCUGUCAUUGUAAGUAUCACACCACCAUGGAUCUUCUUCCUCCUUCUUACAGUGUUGUUGAAUCAAAAUGGGCGCUUUCGUAUGUGCUGGUGGCCAUCAUUGUUAGCUCAGUAUUAUUCAUUGAAAAGCAGAGAAGAAGAAGCAGCAGUGAUAAUGAUGAUGAGCUUAAGAAGGAGAAAGCACCAGAAGCCAAAGGAGGAUUGCCUCUGAUAGGUCAUCUUCACCUUCUGGGUGGUCCUGUCCCAGUUUUUAGGACUCUCUCAUCCAUGGCUGAAUCCCACGGGCCCAUCUUCUCUCUCAGGCUCGGCUUCCACACCACCUUGAUCGUCUCUAGCAGAGAACUCGCCAGAGAAUGCCUCACUACCAUCGACAAGGUCUUCGCCAGCAGACCUAACAUCGCCGCAGGAAGGUACAUGGGAUACAACAAUGCGUUCUUUGCUCUGGCACCGUAUGGAGAGUACUGGAGAGAGAUGAGGAAGAUUGCCACGCUGGAGCUGCUUUCAUCUCACAGGCUUCAGCAGCUGAAGCAUGUGAGAGACUCUGAGAUACUAUGUCUGGUCAAGGAUUUGUUCUCAACCCACCGACACAAAUUAAGGAAUCUCAGUGACAUGGUUGAAGUGCCUAUGAGUCAGCUCCUGGAGCACCUGACCUUCAAUAUCAUCGUCCGCAUUAUUGCUGGCAAGAGAUUCUCAGGGGACGAGAAAGACCUUAGCGAUGAAGAAAACGAGGGGGGGAUAUUGAAGAGGGCGGUGAGGGAGGCAACGUAUCUGAGCGGAGUGUUCGUGGAAGCCGACGGAUUGCCAUUAACGAGCAUGAGCAAGUGGGUGGAUUUUCAGGGACAUGUGAGGGCCAUGAAGAAGACAGCCAUGGACAUCGACUCUGUGCUUCACGAGUGGCUCCACCAGCACCUGCUCAAGCGAACAAACCAUGCCGGUGAAGACUUCUCUGAAACCGAUUUCAUGGACAUCCUGAUCUCCACCUUCUCCGAUCCCGAUGAACGCAUUUGUGGCCAUCCACGCGACGUCGUUAUCAAGGCCACAGCUCUGACUCUGAUCCUUACAGGCACAGGAAGCACAGCAAUAACCCUAACAUGGGCACUGUCUUUGCUCCUAAACCAUCCACGUGUCCUAAAAAAAGCACAAGACGAGCUCGACAGCAACGUAGGGACACACAAAUGGGUACAAGAAUCUGACAUGAAGCAGCUUCAGUACCUUCAAGCCAUCAUCAAAGAGACACUUCGUCUCUAUCCUCCAGCUCCAUUAACUGGAAUCAGAGAGGCCAUGGAAGACUGCUUCGUGGGAGGCUACUACGUCCCCAAGGGGACUCGUCUUCUCAUCAACAUCUGGAAGCUUCACAGGGACCCACAAGUGUGGACCAACCCUGACGAGUUCGUGCCUGAGAGAUUCAUGGAGGAUCAUAAGGAUCUGGAUUUUAAGGGACAGAACAUUGAGUACAUUCCGUUCAGUUCAGGAAGAAGGUCGUGCCCAGCCGCCAACUUUGGGAUUCAAGUUGUGAGCUUGACGCUGGCUCGGUUGCUUCAAGGGUUUGAUCUGUCGACGACGACCAAGGAUGGUGUUGCAGUGGAGAUGAGCGAAGGCUUAGGGGUUGCCUUGCCUAAGCUUAAUCCACUUCGAGUUAUGAUCAAGCCUCGUCUUUCGUUUGAGCUUUAUCAGCAACUCUGAAAUAUAUAUAUAUAUAUAUAUAUAUAUGCAUGCAUCAUGCAUGGCAUAAGGACUCCAGCUUACAUAAGUAGAUAAAAUAAAUAGCUCACCCGCUUAGCUGGUGGAGCUAAUUAAUUGAGUCAAGGGUAGUAAUUGUGCGUGUGAUUGGAUAUUUAUGCUGUUUGGUUAUAAAUUUUUCCUUAAACUUA